AUGUUUGGUGACGAACGAGAAUCAACACGUUCACCGACUACAUCGAAAACUGAUUCAUAUCGUGGCGGGCCCAUGUCAAGAGAAAAUGACCAUCCAUAUCAACGACGUUCAUCGCUGAACGAAGAAUAUGAACGAGACGACAAUGAGUAUGAAGCAGCACCAGAAGAUAUCAGUGAGUCUCAAAAAAAAGGUCCACCACCUCCACGUGAAGAUCAAUACAUAGCUGCGUUAAGAUAUCGUUUUCCAAAUCGGCCGAAAACUGAUUAUGCCUAUUCGAAACCGCUUGUUCCGUUGAGUCCAACAACGCCGCCUGCUUCACAAUCAACAACAACAACAGCACAGCCAAAAGCAACAACACCAUCAGCAUCUACAAAUACACCGGCAAGCAGAAAUGGAGCUUAUCAAUCAAGUAUACGACCAACCAGUGGUAGUGAUACUAAUGCAGCUGAAGUAUCUGAUGAUAAACCGUUCCUAAGACCAGCUUUACGUCGUGUCAAUCCGGAUCAACAAAAUUCUUAUGCACGGCGUCUCACUGAUGAUACGACAACGUCAACGCCAACAUCAACACCAGCUCCUACUCAAACAAAACCCAUUGGUUCAGGUGGAGGAAAUGUUCGAAUAAAUGGUCAAAACAUAGACGCGAAUAGACCUAAUACAUCAACAUAUCCACAUCAAUCCGGAAUAUCAAGAACACAAGAAAGUGUAUUUGAAAAAGUCCAUCCACAAGGCGGAUCCGUUUCGUAUCUGGGUACUGGUACUUUUUCACAAUUGGAACAUUGUUUACGUGAAUGUUUGGAACGUGAACGACGUCAAACUGGCAUUGCAAGUCAUAUUACACGACAUGAUUUUCCAUCUAAUGCUUCUGUACAUGAGUAUGGUUAUGAUUCAAAUUUAACAUCGAUUCCUUGUGGACUUAAUCCAAGUUAUAAUUAUCAUCUUAACGAUUAUCCUUCGCGAGCUGCUGCAGAAUUUUCACUCGAUGACAUUCGUUAUAUUAAUGUUGCUCUCUCCCGAAAUGGAAUUCCACUAUUUCCCUAUGAACGAUUUUAUCAUCAGCCAUAUCCUUCUUCAGUGCCAACGCUAUCAACUACUACGGCUAUGCACCAUCAGUAUUCAACUGGAAGAUCUGCUAUGGGUGAAGUUGUAUCGGCAUGUCGACUUGUUGAAGAAGAUCCAGCAAUCAUCAAUAGUAGAAAUGCAAUUUAA